AUGGUACAUCUAUUAUCAAACACUUAUUACUUUUAUUAUAUGCCAAAAAGACCCAAGACCAUGAAUGAUUAUUUAGCAGGUCUUCAAUGUAUAUCUGGUCCAAUUAAAACUGUUGAAGAUUUUUGGAGUUAUUAUAGCCAUAUGAUCAGACCAGUUGAUGAAUUCUCACAAUUAAGUGAUAUUUAUUUUUUUAAAGAAGGUAUUAAACCAAUUUGGGAAGAUGCAGAAAAUAGAGACGGCGGUAAAUUUGUUGUAAAAACAAGAAGGAAUUACACAUCAAAAUGGUGGGAAGAUUUGUUAUUAGCAUUUAUUGGAGAACAAGUAGAUGAUGUUGAAAAUAUUAAUGGAAUCGUUAUUUCAUUUAGAGCAAAUGAUAAUAAUUUAAUUGGUAUUUGGAAUAAAAAUAGCGAAGAUAAUGAAAAAUUAUUGGUCAGUUUAAAGCAUUUAUUUAAAAUAGAUAAAUUGGAUUACAAACCACAUUUUGGUAGAAUCUUAAAAGAGGAAGUUUUUCAAAAUAAUAAAAAUGAAAAUAAUAGUAAUAGUGGAUCAAUGGGUAGCAGUGGUUUAUUAAGUGACAGCGGAAAUGUUUCACUCGAUGCUCCAUCUCCAGAUACUUUUGAUUUCAUGAAACCUUCUUCACUUAAUAGUAUUUCUUCACCAACAAACACACCAUUCCAACCUUAUCUUCCAUUUGGACAACCAUCAUCAUCUUCAUCAUCAUCGUCAUCAUCACAACCAUCACAACCACACAGUUUCUUUAGUUUUAAUAAUUUGGAUUUUAACAUAACAAAGCAAAAUUAA